AUGGAGCAGAUCUUUGUCAGAUCCACCAUGAGCUUUAAAGGACUCGUGCACCAGGGCAGCCUGGAUAACUUCAUUCAGCAAGAUUCUUUUAAAAAGAAGAAGCUUCCAUGGCGACGAUGCUCCAUGAACGACAGACAACUGAAAAACAGAGACAACACGUCUGCGGGGUCACUGCGGGGACGCAAACAGGUGAAUAGAACGCGCUCAAACUCCCUGGUGGAUUACUCUGACCCACAGAGGACGACAUUACAUCUUGAAAAGCAAGACAAUGAGGUUUUUGGAUUUGAAGUUCAGACAUAUGGUUUGCAGUUGACGAACACAGACAUGGUGGAAAUGUGUACAUUUGUAUGCAGUGUGAAGGCUGGCAGUGCGGCAGAAAUGGCAGGUUUGACCUCUGGUGAUAUUAUCGUCACUAUAAAUGGAGUCAGCAUUGAGGGCUCCAGUCACCAACAUAUUAUUGACCUGAUUCGAAACUCCAAAAAUGUGUUAAAGAUGGAGACAGUCAGUGGCAGUGUGGUGAAAAGGAUUGAGCUCGAGAAGAAGAUGCACUUACUCAAGCAAACCCUGCGAGAGAAAUGGGUGGAGUUGCAGAAGCUAACACAGCAGGAAAAACUUCUUACUCGAGGUAACCAAAAUAACAUAACAUCCCGGUAUCCUUCUGUGGAGUCCCUCAUGUCGCUAGCCUCGCCAACGGUGCGACCUAGCCACAGAUUCUCCAGCGACAGCAGCUGUCGCAGCCUCAUGACAGACGAUAGCGAGGAUUGGGUAUCCAUAUCGUCCGAGUUCGAAGAUGGGAGCCCCUUCAGUCCCGUAGAAUCCGUCUGUUUCUUCCCCAAAGAGCUCCAGGAUGCCCGGCCGCCUCUUACCCGCACCUCCAGUAUUAGCAUGGCUAGCAGAAGUGGUUCGCUCUCCCCAUCGCUGGAUAACGCCAGACCAUUAUCCAUGUUCGGAACACUCCCCAGACGAGGCAGGAAAGGGAGCGUCCGUAAACACAUUCUAAAAUUCAUUCCUGGACUCCAUCACUCUGUGGAAGAGGAGGAAAACACCCGAGUUCCCGAAUAA